UGACCGGAAGCUACAUCCGUGUACCCUACUGGCGCCUCUUCACUUCCUAGUUAGUUAAUCAACCACCAGGGGUCGCUGCUGGUCUGUCAUCCUGUUCUGAAAUAAUUCUGCGGCUAUGUUUCAAGCAAAGUAAACACGAUGAUUAAGUGUGUCCUACGUAUCUAACACAACAAGAUGUCAUCGAAGCACCUCCCGAAAGUCAUUUCCCAUCGAGGAAGAACCACAACUGAAGUUGAACGUGAAAAUUUCGAGAAAACACAAACUGUUGCUAUAAAUAAAGCUAUUAACAACCAAGAGGCACCUGUCAAAGAAAAGCAUGUAAGAACCACUGUGCUAGGAACUUUCCAGGACAAUGGAGCUGGCCUAUUCUGGAGUGUGGCAUCCAAACUUCCUGUCCAGGGAAAUCCAAUUGUGUGCUGGAAAUUUCUCCAUGUCCUCCACAAAAUUUUCCGUGAGGGCCACAAACAUAGCAUGCAUGAUUCAUGGAGAUAUUCAUCCCACAUAACAGAUUUGGGAAAACUAUGGAGCCACCUCCGUGAAGGAUAUGGACGCCUAAUAGCCAGCUAUUGUGGACUGUUAGUACAGAAAUUGAAAUUCCACAAAAAGAACAAUCAUAUACCAGGGAGCCUUAUUAUGUCUGACGAACAGUUUUCUAAAAUCUGUGGGUCUGAUGUAAACAAUUAUUUUGAGAUUUGUGUCGACAUGCUGGACUAUAUGGAUGAAAUCCUCAACCUCCAGCAACACGUAUUUGGUUCCCUAGAUAUGUCAAGAUCCAAUUCCAUGACAAACUCGGGCCAGUGUCGAUUAGCUCCUCUGAUUCUCUGUAUUCAAGACUCUUGUCAGCUGUAUGAUUAUAUAGUCAAAUCUUUGUUUAGACUACACUCUAGUCUCCCUCCAGAUACGUUAUCAGGUCAUAGGGACCGGUUUUUAUCAGCAUAUAGGCGUCUCAAGCAGUUUUACCUCAGCAGUAGCAACUUACAGUACUUCAAAAAUCUAGUCCAGGUGCCAUUUUUACCUGAUGAACCACCUAAUUUCUUGAUCGCUUCCGACUUUAAUAAACAUGUGAAACCUGUGGCGGUUGUACCCACGGAGCCAGAGCCAGAACUGGAAACUCCAGACACAGACAGUAUCGGAGAUCUGGUGGAUACCUCCAAUCCACCUCCUCAGUUUGACGAAUCUUUUGGAAAUGGUUUUGGCCCACCAGAAACGGAUGAGAGAGAUUUGCUGAUUGAGCGAUUAACACGCGAGGUCCAGCAGCUGAGAGCAGAGCUGGAAAGAAUGAGAACUGAGGAUAUGAAAAUUAUCACAGCUCAGAAAGAGGAGAUUGCAAAGCUGGAAAAAAUCUUAUCUGAACUGCGACUAUCUGCUGAAAAGUCCUUAAAGGAGAAUGACAGUCUGAAGAGAAAACUAGAAGAAGCAAGUGUGCAUACAGGUGCUGCACUCAAACUAACAGAGUCAGAAAAAGCGACAAAAGCCAAUGAAGAAAAGUUUAAGAAAAUGAAAGAUAUAUAUGCAAAAUUACGAGAAGAACAUGUAAAUUUAUUGAGAACAAAUGCUGAAACAACAAAAAAAUUAGAAGGAGAGCGUAGAUCAUUGGAAGAAAAAGAACAAUUGUUGAAGGAAUCCAAUGGUGAUAUACAAAGGAUGGAAAACGAGCGUAAGGUCUUACAGGAAAGUCUCCAGCAGAGUGCCGACCAAGUCACCUCACAACUCGCUGUAGCCACCUCCAAAAAUACAGAGCUUGAAAAAUCAGUCGAGAUGUUUGAAGCCCAAGGGCAAGGAUUUGGUGCAAAUCAGCAACUGGAACACAAGGUAAAAACCCUGGAGGAGGCCAAGUCUAGCUUGAUGUCACAGCUGGAGACCAUGGAGGAAGAGAGCUCAGCUCUACAGACAAAACUCAAUGACGCAAAUGAUGCCCGCCAACACACGGAGAGUGAACUGUCAGGGGAGAUAACUGCCCUUCAGGCCCAGCUCCUUCAGACACGGCAGGAGAAGGAUGUACAAGGGACUCAACUUUCACAAGAAAUUGCAGAUCUCAAGGGUAAGCUAGAAGAAACAGUGUCAGAGAAGCAGACUAUGGAACAAAACUUAAACCAGCAACUGGACGACCUUCAAGCUAAGCUAGCCCAGACGGUGACCGACAAGGACAACAUGGAGGAGAAGUUGACCGGAGACAUCAGCUCAAUUCACUCCACCAUGUUAGCUAAAGCUGUGGAGGAAGGUAGAGGAUUCAUACAAGAUGCUCUAGACCAGUUUGAAAAUCCAACACAUAUCGCUGUCAAGUGUACUGCAGAAUUCCUUCUCAUGCGAGCCGAACCAGUGCUGACGUGUCUGGACAGCCUGAAGAAUGCCCACAGUAUCUACAGUAUUGACAAGAAAGAUCUGGAGGCUUUGGUGAAGUCCAUCACCUCUUACUCUCAUCAUAUGGGAGACUGUGUCUUACAUGGUAUAGCUACCACCCACUCAGCACAGCUGGAGGCUGGAGAAGAACUUGGAAAUGCAUGCAGAGAAGCAGGUGAUAUGGGUCUGAAGCUAUUGGAUGCCAUUGAAGCAGGAGGAUUUAUAAACACUGAGGUAGAUCAGACUGUUCAGAGUGUGAAGAGACUGAUGAACCUUGCUGAGGCACUUGUCCCCAAGAUGGUGGACAUCAAAGAAGGAGAGAUUGGGGACUUGGUAGAGAAUGAAAUGAGUGCCACUAACUCAGCUAUUGAACAGGCUGCUCAGAGAAUUGAGGAAAUGCUGCAUAAGAACAGGUCUGAUAACUCUGGUGUGGAACUCCAGGUCAACGAGGGAAUAUUGGACUCGUGUACAGGACUGAUGGAGGCCAUCAAAAUUCUGUUGUCCAAGUCGCGUGAUCUACAGAAGGAAAUUGUGUCCCAAGGACGAGGAACAUCUUCCAGUAAGGAAUUCUACAAGAAGAACCAUCGAUGGACAGAGGGUUUACUGUCUGCUGCUAAAGCUGUCGGCUUUGGUGCUACAACUCUUAUGGAAGCUGCAGACAAAGUAAUGAAGGGCGAGGGAAAGUUUGAAGAACUUAUCGUUUGUUCAAAUGAGAUAGCUGCCAGUACAGCACAGCUUGUUGUUGCAUCUAAGGUCAAGGCUGACCGUCGUAGCGAAAAGCUUAGAGCUUUGUCAGAAGCCUCAAAAGGAGUUUCUACAUCAACAGGCAAAGUGGUGGGGUCAGCUCGAGAGGGGUCACAGAGGAUAGAGGAACAGAGCCUGAUGGAUUUUUCCAAACUUACACUACAUCAGACAAAGAAGAAUGAAAUGCAGUCCCAGGUGCGAUUGUUGGAGCUUGAAAGAGAAUUAGAACUUGAGAGAUUAAAGCUGGCAGAACUGAGGAAACAACACUACCAGCUAGCAGGGGAAAGUGAAGGCUGGGAGGUUGGACAGGACUCAGAAGAAGCCGGAUCGGGCGAAGCCCCACAUGACACUGAUGGAUACAUAUAUAUUCCCUGGGAGCAAGGGUCCUUUAUGUGACUCAUUUGUGAGAGUAAAUAAAGAUGAAACAAGAACGGGAGAAGGAAAUCACCCAUAUCUACAUGUGGUGAAGAGAAAGAUUCUAUGAAAUCUACGCUGCAGGCUCAAUAUGAAUGACCAGGCACUUGAGGAAACUGUAAACUUGUCAUUAACAGGUUAAAAUAUAUUGAUGGCAUAUAAUUGUUUUAACAAAUAUUGAUGUUGUUGUGUCAACAUUACACCAAAUCGUGUCUAUUUUCCUGAAAUGUCUUGUUCUGUAAAAGUGUUUGUCAAAAAUUUCACCCUGUUCUUUGAAGAACAUGUCACCAUGCAGUUGUUGAUACAUAUAGGUAUUGACAGUUGAUCAUAAAAUUAGCCUACGAUGCUGACAAUAUAAGUAAAUAUAUUUGUUUGUCACCAAUUCAUCAACAUUUCACAAGUUAUCUUAGUAUUUGUUUAGUCAGACAAUUGAAUUGCCUGAGUGUCUUGGAGUCAACAUUUUAUCAAGGUCAACAUUUUGUUGACAAUGUUUAGAGUUGGCUGCCUUGUAUAUGACCUUUCUUUGUGAUUCAAGGUUAUAAUGUCUGUAGAAUUGAAAUUGUCCUUUAUCAAUGGCUUAUCGUAAAUUACAUCAUAUUACUGUACAGUUCAAAAAUUUUCAUAAAAUCUUGAAUGAUACAUGUAAUGAAGAACUGUAUGUCAGCAUUAAUCUUCUUUUAAGUUGUUGACAAUAUAUGAUUACAUAAAUCUGAACAUUUUUUUUUUUUAUUAGCCAUAAUACGAAAAUUUCUUAAGAUAACAUAUGUCAUUGGAUAAACAUAUUGACAUUAUUUAUCUUUUCAUGUAGCAACUUGUCACCAAACUUCAUAAUUUGUCACCUGUCAUUUUCAUAUUGUACUUGUUAUUUAUAAAAUUAUUUCAAAUUGUCCACAAAUUGUAUUAAGCAUUGUGUUGUAAUGGUUACAUUGAUGAAAGUUCACACUGAAUCAUAUCCAGGUAUGUCAACUAAAUGUGGUCAUUUGUAUGAAUUUUCAUGUCUACUUUCAUUUCACUUUUGUCAUCAUUGUAAUUAUCAACAUAAUAUGGAUGAUAUAUGUGUAGGAAUACUGUUUAUUUGAUAUUUCUCAGGGUUGGAAUCUCAUUAUGUAGUCCAAAUACAGCCUACAUUGGUUAAUAUAUUCGGAUUCUCAAAUACUCAAAAUCAAUUUUGAAAUACGGCUUUGAUAUAUAUUUUUUUGUGAUAUACACAACAAAUUUAGUCCCGAAUAUUUGACUGAAGGUAGAGAAAAAAAUGUUUCCUUUAAAAAGACAGUUAUCCAAACAUAUUUCAUCAUCAGUUAUCAAAAUCCAGGUCACUCUGAUCAUUUUUGUUACAUUAGUGGCCCAUACCUAAGGUGUAAACAUCAUAUUCUUAGAUACCUUGUAAAUAGGAUUGUUACCAAACAAAACAUGGUAAAAUCUACUGCUACAUUAGUUUUCAUUAAAUGUUGAUUCCAACCAGUUUUCAACAUGAAUGAACUAUUGGGACAAUGAUAGACUAGUAUAUCCUUUUUGGGUAAUUUGUAUAUACCGACAGGUCUCUUCAUUCAUUCUCCCCAUUGUGUCCAUUUGUACCUGGAUAUUUCAAAUUUUGAAUUAAAAAAAGAUAAUUGUCUACAAAAUUAUUUUCUUAUUUUCAAGUUUGCGAAUAUUCAUUUAUCGUAUGUAAAUAAAACAGUUGUUCAUAGAAAUUGAAAGUAUUUUGUGAUUUGGUUUCCAUAUGCCUAAUACCUAAUAAUUUGAUAGAUUUAACACAAUACUUAUAGUAAUAUCUUAUAAGAAAAAGCAGGUACACUAUAGCAUACAGAAUACAAGAUAGAUCUACGUACAGAAUAAAAACAUACAGUAUAGUAGAUAAACCUAAUUAAGAGAUACCAGAUAAACAGUAUUACAUAUAAAAAAUAUAUAUAUUAUAAAUAUGUAUGUAUGUAGCAUAUCUAUAUAGGAGUGUACAAUGUGACGCCUACUACCUAAGCCAGAACUUGGGGUAGAAUGGCUGAACAAGUUCGGAGAAUUCAAACGGGUUACCAACAAAAUAUGAUGAACAUCAGAGAGAGAAAACAAUGUUUCAUCAGUCCAAUGAUGUUACUGGCUAGUGUUGUAACUCUAGCAGCUAUCAAGCAUCUGAACUACUUUGAGUAAACUGAUCAUUUGUCAGUGAUAAAAACACUUGUCUCUAAAUAUAGAUAGCAUGUAUAUCGAGUUGGAAAAUUUGAUCUGAAGUGUCUCAAAACUUCUUGUCUACACUAUAGCCAUCAAUAUUUCCCUGACAAACUUGUCUCUUGUGUCAUCAUUCAGGAUCCAUCCUUCACACACUGUCUGGUUUAAGCUAAUAGACUACAUAUUGAUUAAACAUAUCUUGUUUCUUCAUAGUUAUACCGCCCGCAAUGAAGUUAGGGGGGGGGGUAUACUGGAAUCAAUUGUCCGUCCGUCCGUUCGUCCAUCCGUCUGUCACAAAAUUUGUCCGGAUAUGCAUUCGCUCAUUUCUUUAUGGAUUUCACUCAAAUUUGGUAUAUAGUUAGAAGACCAUAUGAACUUGUGUCCCCUGCAGGGAUUUUUCGAUUAAGCCCUUUUUAACAGAGUUAUGCCCCUUUUUCAUACAAAAUGUGUCAUAAUUUUGUCCGGCUAUGCAUUGAAACUUUAUACAGAGUUGAAGGAUGGCAUGAAGUUGUGUCUUCAGUAACGGCUUCUUCCGAAUUUUUUUUUUUUUACAGAGUUAUGUCCCUUUAUGUAAAAAAUGGUUACUAGCUUGUCCGGCUAUGCAUUUGAUUUGUUUUCAAUGGAUUUUACUAAAAUUUGGUAUGUAGUUAGAGGACCCAAUGAGGCUUAGCUCUAUGCAAAGAUUUUGCCGAUUGACCAGUUCUAAUAGAGUUAUGCCUCUUUUUCUUUAAAAACGAGCAAAAUUUUGUUCGGCUAUCAUUCACUUAGUUUUUGAUGGAUUUUCUUGAAACUUUAUACGGAGUUGAAGGAUCACAUGUAAUUUUGCCGCCAGGAACAGCUUUUUUCCUAUAAAACCCAGAGUUAUGACCCUUUAUGUAAGAAAUGGUUACAAGUUUGUCCCGCUAUGGAUUUAUUUUGUUUUCAAUGGAUUUUCUUGAAACUUUUUACACAGUUGAAGGACUGCAUGCACUUGUGCCUCCAGCUUCACAAAGUAUCCAAACCAAUCAUGGAAAAGCGGGGGGUAUACUUGUCACCCCCUUGGUGACAGCUCUAGUUAGUUUUUGUAAAGAGAUCCAAAGAAUUCCUUUCCAAGCUUUGUACUUUUUUCUAAAGCUAUUUAAAAUAUCCAGGAACUAACAUAUUCAGGUUUGAUGAUCAUAGAGAGAUCCAACCUGAAGGUUCUGUUUUCCAUCCAGGUUUGGUUCUAAAAAUGUAUUGUCCUAGAUACAUGUAUACCGAAUCCUUCAUGUAAGUGUCUAUUAGCUGUGGUGUAUCAUAUAAAUUAUUAAGAAAACAAAAAACUAUCACGUCUGACUUCAGAAAUUUAUCUAUAACCAGAAAAAUUAAUGGAUACAUUUUUUUAAAAAAAGAGUUAUGUUUCGGCAUUGAUCCUUCAAACGAGGAUUUUUUCACUGAUACGCUUUAUGUUCUCAAAGGCUCGAAUAUUCUUCAUGAAUAUGGUAAAUGUGAGUAAGAAAAAUGUCAGUUGCUUGAGUUGUCAGCUUGCAUUUAAAAUCUGGAUCUUGAAAUGCUUUUGUACAUUUCUUGUAAUUCAAUGAAAAUCAUGGACACUUGUAUGCGCUUCAGACAAAAAUCAUGAUCGUUUAAAUGCUUUCUGUGCUUUGCAGUUCAAAGGUAGAUGUGUAGUGAGUAAGAGGUGAAUAAAUGUGAAAAUGUUUCUGUUUUCUAAAUUGAAUUCAUAUGAAUUAUGUAUAUAGCUGCUUAACAAGCAUGGAAAUAAAAUGCAUGGAUUCAUUUCCAUGAAAAGUUUUGAUAAAGGAUGAUUCAUGCGAAACUUGAGAUGAUAAUGAUUGAUCAAAGAAGAGCAACAGAUCAGUUUUAUUUCUAAGAAUGACGUGUGUUUGAUAGGUUUUUUUUUAAAGGGAUUUUUCUGCUAAUUUUCUAUGACUUCUACUUUUGUGAUGGAAUCUCACAAACUAUUGUAAUACAUGAUUUAUUACAAUUUUGUAUUUUCUGUCUCUUAGAAACUACAUUGCUGUCAUUCUUUGUUGUUGUUUUUUUUAAAUCUGUGCGUGCAAAAACAUAUUGUACAUACUGUUCAUACUGUUUGAAUUAAUCUGUAUUGAGUUGACUUUCAUCCUGCAGUUCUUGAAAAAAAUACUGGUAUAAAUUUUUUAAUUUGUGAAAAUUUAAUUACACGCGUACCUGCAAAUGAAAGUAAACAUAAUUUUGAACUUACCAUUCUUGUUGGCACUACUGUAUCUUGUGUGCAGUGAAUUUAAUACGGAAGGAUACAGAGUACCCAGGGAAGGAUAUGUAAUGAUGUACAGAAAGCUUAAUCAAGGUCAAGGCUAUUAGAAGGCUAAUGAGGUUUUGAGGGUACAUUUCAUUCAAUUAUACAUUAAAAGAAUAAAAUACACUGUAAGUUAUGAUUGGUAUUCUGAUUAUUAAAACAAAUCGCAAUGAGAAUGUUGGAAUUAUUUUUUAUUUUGAUAAUGGUAAUUCUGUUGUUUUAUUUUUUGUGAAUUUGAUUGUUAGAUUUUUUGCCAUAUUUGUUAAACAUUGCUUCUCAAUUUCACACACACAAAUUGAGAAUUCAUGUUUACUUCUUGUGGUGUUAUCCUUGGAUGAAAUUGAAUUCGCUUCAUCAAAUUCAACAUUUGGGACCAAAUCAUUAUUUGAAUCAUGAAUUGAAAGAUUUAAUAUUGAUCAUCCAAAAUUUCCAUCAUUAUCAUCUUCAUCACCAUUAUUGUUUUCAUCAUAAAAAAACCCCCAGAAAUUGGCAUUUAAAAAAAAAAUAAUUUUCAUUAUUUACUUUGUCCAUGACUAUCAGAAUGCCAGGUGUUUAACAUUGCUUAUUAUUUAUUGGUGUUUAUGUCCCAGAUAGAUGUACAUACAGAAUUGUAUUUAUUGUGUUUUGAAUAGGUGCUUGGUUACUGACCUUCCAUGAAAAUAAUCGUGUUUUUUUUUAAUGAUUUUUGAUAUUGGAAAUUGAUAGAUAGGGAAUUCAGAAUAAAACUGAUCAUCAGACUAAGAUUGGUACAGACAUAGGUAAAUAUCUUGUGUUAUUGUCGUUGUGUGAUACAUGUAAACGGGGAGGGGGAAAUUAAUGAUACAAUUAUUGCAAUUAAGCAAAAACAGGAACAUUAUGGUGAACAUAGGUAUUCUUAUUUUGUUGAUCAUAAACAAAAUUGUUUUGUUUGCAGGUUUUGUUGAGUUAAAAAUUUGAGCUUUGGAUAUACAUACAUGUAUAUUAGUAUAUAAUAGCAGAAGUAUUAGCAAAAAAAGAAAGAAAAAAAAUCUAUAUUAGCAAAAAAGAAAGAAAAAAAAAUGUGUAUUGUUGCAUAAUGAUUUUAUUAUUAUCAUUUAAACAGAUACCUGUGUUUUAACUUAGUUAUUUAUCACUGUGGAGAAAGUCAUCAUUAUAAUAUUACAAGUGCUACUAUCAUUAUCUUCAAACUACCAUCUUUUGUGAGUCUUUCUCCAGAAUUUUUCCAUUUGUUUGUAUUGUAUUAUGCAUAGAGGAAAUCGUAUUAUAAUAACUUGAAUAUUGUUGGCUGCUAGCUGGCUAUUUAGUUUUGUGCAGUACCAUCAAGACAUUUUGAAGAUGUUGAAACAUGACAAAAAACUUGUGAUUUGUGUUGUACAGCAUGUACAUCUUGAGAUGCAACUUAUUUCUGAAGAUUUUAGUUUGUGGGAAAAACAAAAAAAAAGUAAUUUAUGUCUACAACAACAUGCCAGUGAAUCGGUGAAUCAGGUCAUCCUUUUGUAAAGUAUGUGCACAUGUAAAUGAUGAAUAAUUAGGUAUUGUUAAUUAUCCAGAAACAUUUACAACUUUUUUUGUUUGAUGUAAGUUUUGCAUUUAUCAAAUGCUCUACAUUGGUCAAUAGUGUGUCAAAUUUUGAUUGAUUUGUAUAUUAUAUUUUAUAGGACAAGUAUAAAAAUGAAAUUUGUAAAACUCAAAUUCAAAUUUAUGCAACUACAGAAAUAAACAAUGCAUUAGCUUGUUUAUAUAUCAUUUGCAAAAGUAAUGAUUAAGUACUAGGACAAUGAUUUUAUAGUGAUAUUGUUUUAGUAGUGGACAGAUUUUGUAUAUAUUGAGCUUUUCAGGGUAAAACCUUGGUGGGUUUUUUUUUUAAUCUGUUUUAAUUUUUUCACCUGUACAGGUGUGUAAAUAAGAGCCCCAUUUACUUUUCCAUGCUUUAGUUGGAAAAAUAGACAAUUUUAUAGCCAUGUUGAUGUGGGUAUCUAGUCAUUAGUGAUGAUAUUUCAAAGGUCAUGAUUAUUUUUCAAGAUGACAUGAUUAUACAGAAACAAUGUGUUUCCCUUGAUUGGAGUAGAUUUCCCUGAGAAGUGCUUGUUUUGUUAAAAUUUGUCCCUUUAUGUUAUAUGGAUUCAUUUUGUUUUUAUUUCCAUUUGUUAUGCUAUUUCUAAAAAUACCCUUGAUUAUAUAAGUUUAAAAAAAAUGGUUCACAAGUGACAUGCUAAGAAAUUGAUACAUAUACAAGAUAUUCAAUAACACAAAAUUUGUAAUUUAGAAAUCUCAAAGGUCUUGAAAUUAAAAAAAAAUGUAUUUGAUAUAAAUUUUGUUGAUUGAAAAUUAUUUCAGAAAAUACAAGUAUCACUAUUUCCGUGUUGAAGCGGUAUAUACUGUUUUUGUUUUGAAUAUAGAACCUAGUUGUAGUUUGUCACAAGACAGCUUUUAUAUGAUUUUGUUCUCAACCUUUUGUUUUAUAAAAUGAUUUUCCCCUUGAUAUUUGAACUGUAUAUUAUUCUCUUGCAUUUGAAGACAUCUAAUUAACAUUUUAAAAAAGAAACUGAUUUGACAACAGAUUUUGAUCAGACAUUAGUUGUCAAAUUAUGGUCAAGUUUUUGUGUGUGUUUGGGUUAAUAAAUAAAGAGAAAUAUUAAUUUUUCAAAAUUUCAAAUGAUCUUAAUCCAACGAGAUUUCUAGUAUGCAUUGACUACUUCUAAUUAUUGGAAAAUUUCUAUCCCACACAUCUUUCUAAGUCAGUUUAACAGAAUGCACUAUCAAUAAAACAUUGUUGCUAUAGUGAAACUUUGAUAAUAAAGCCACACUGAUUUAUAUUUUCCCAUUAUCUAGCCAGUACCGUUUUACAGGGAAAAUUGUCAUUUCACUAAAUUCACUUGUCAUGUCACUAUCCAAAAUUGGCCAGAAAUCCAGCCGUCUCAAAAUAUCUAUAAGCAUCUACUUUUGUUUGGAAUGAAGGAAGAGCUAGAAAUAUUCAUUAUUAUAAUCCAGGUUUAUCAUUUGACCCUGAAAAUGAGGGUAUCAAGUAUUACACUUAGUUAUGAAUUAUAUCGGUUUACACCAUGUAUAUGACAAUGUAUUAAGUCCUAUAUACACCAGUAUCAGUCAUAGGUUGUAAUGAUUUAUAAAAUAUACAUGAUGAAGUCUGAAAUAAAAAUAAAAAUGCAUCAUAAUUAUA